UGAGGGAGUGCUGACACAGGCACUGUGGAAGAAAAGUGGAGUUUACAAAGUUUGUGACGCCCGGGAGAGACUAGCACUGGAUCUGGGAAGGUCGGCCGAGGGAAGAAAAAGAGUUACCUCGAAACUUUUUCACAGGUCGAACCAACUGAGAUGUUUUUCUUAGCCUUUCGUUAACUUUGUUGGGCUAAAAUCUAAAUAAUAAGAACUAGUACCGGAGGCCUAAACGAUUUUAAAGGAAAGGCCUCGUUUUAAGAUUUCGUCCGCUUGUUUUUUUUUUGUAACGAGCAAACCGUUAUUUCGUUAUUAAUUUGUUUAGUUAUCAAAACAAAACAAAACAAAAAACAAAACAAAAAUGAGCAGCAACCCAGUUCAGCCUCUACCAGGCCAGCAAGUGAUCCAUGUCGCCAAGGACCCGGACACGGACCUCGAGGCGCUCUUUAACGCCGUGUUGAACCCGCGACCGAGCUCCUGGAGGAAGAAGCACCUGCCCGAGUCGUUCUUCAAGGAGCCGGACUCCGGGUCGCACUCGCGCCAGUCCAGCACGGACUCGGGCAGCCAGCAGCCGCCGAGGCUCCCGCCGCAGCACGUGCGCUCUCAUUCUUCCCCCGCGUCACUGCAGCUGAGACCCGGAGCGCUCGCGACCGCCUCCGCCGCCGUCACCGCGAGCCCCGUGCAGCACGCGCACAGCCGCCACCAGUCCUUCGAUGUCACCGACGAGCUGCCGCUGCCGCCCGGAUGGGAGAUGGCGUACACGUCCACCGGCCAGAAGUACUUUCUCAAUCACGUUGAGAAGAUCACCACAUGGCAAGAUCCUCGCAAGACCAUGGCAGCCAGCAUGAAUCAGAUGAGUCUCCAUGCUCAGGCCACCAGCAAUAAUGGUGGUGUACAGGGGCGCUCCAUGGCCCUGUCACAGCCAAACCUCGGACAGCUGCCGGAAGGCUGGGAGCAGGCAGUCACCCCUCAGGGAGAAAUUUACUUCAUUGACCACAAAACCCAGAGCACAUCGUGGCUCGACCCCCGGGUGGACUCUCGCCUCAUGAUGUCCCAGCAUCAGCACCAUCAGCAGCAUCUCCAGCAUGCCCAGCACCAGCAGCAGCAACAGCAGGUACAGGCUCAGUCUCAGGCCCUGGGCUCAAGUGGCUCCAUGCCCCAGCAGCAGAGCUCUCAGUCUGGUAUGAUGGGAAUGGGCAACCCACUGAGUGCCCAGCAACAGCACCAGCAGAAGAUGCGACUGCAGCGCAUCCAGCUUGAGAGGGAGCGCAUUCAGAGGAGGCAUGAGGAGCUGAGGAGACAGGAGGUGGCACUCUGCAGACAGAUCCCCAUGGAUUCAGACAACAUGGCGUCCGUAGCUCCUACCAUUAACCCAGCUGCCAUGAACCAAGGCACUAUUCCAACCAGCAGCUCAGACCCCUUUCUGAACAGUGGGCCAUACCAUUCACGUGAGCAGAGCACGGACAGCGGCCUGGGCCUGGGCUGCUACAGCAUCCCCACCACUCCUGAGGACUUCCUCAGCAACAUGGAGGAGAUGGACACGGGUGACAACAUGGUGCCAGUCAACAUGAACGUGCCACAGCAGAGCCGUUUCCCCGACUUCCUAGACUCCAUGCCUGGCACUAACGUGGACCUGGGCACCCUGGACGGCACAGACCUCAUGCCCAUCCUCAAUGACGUGGAGUCUGUCCUGAACAAGAAUGAGCCUUUUCUCACCUGGCUCUAAAGAGGUGCUGAGGUUCCAAGGGGAAGGCUAAAGACUUUUAGCAGCAGUGCUACCUUUCUGAAUUUUAACUCAAUCAGUCUCUCCGCUCUCUCAUUUGUAAUGUGCCUAUAUUGCUCCAUUUUUAAAAAAAAAAAAUAUCCUGGUUACUGUAAAUUUUGAGUGAAGAGCACAACAAAAACCAAAGUGUUCAGCCUAAGAACAAAGAACAAGCAUACGUCAAUCAAAUUUGUCCAGGUGUGGUGGAAAAGUCAUACGUCUUUUGUAUAUACUGUAGUAUAGAGUAGGUUUUUACUGUCACUGAGUGUAGCUUGAUCAAAAAUGUCAUUCCUCUGGCUUUGGGCAGGACUGAACAGCUAUUGGUUGCUGUUGGUCUCCAUAAAUGAUUGUUGAUGUAGGGACACUUGGUAGGCACCAGCAGAGGGAGCCACUGCCUCCACUAUGAACUGGAGACCGUGUUGGCUUCAAUGACGUAUGCGUAUUAAGCACGUUAGCCAGUUCAGUGUUGUCUGCACUAGAGGGGAGCCUUACUGAUCAAUUAACAUUCAAGCGGCCUUAUGAACAAACUUUCCUUUUCUUCACAGAUACCAAAUAUGUUUCCUACUGUAUUCAGCACGAUAGCUUUGUCAUAACUCGAUUUGCAGUUUAGUUUCUAAAGAAACAAUAUUUCAUUCGCAUUUAGAGGUUUAUACUCAAGCUGAUCCCAAUUUAGCUAUUGUAUCAAGUAAGCUCAUGCCUUUGAAAUAUGGCAGUUUGCAUCUGUAGACCUACAUUUUAUACCAUGUACUUUUUGUGUACUGCUUCAGUAUUCUUUUUUUUUUUUUUUUUUAAACUGUUAAAUUCUCUAGAUGUGUCCCUUGACAUCUGGUGCAUUUUAUGAGUUUUGAUAUAGAGUUUGCCUUUUUAGUAUUUAUCGAGAGCUAUGAUUUUUUUUUAAAAAAAUAGAGUUUUAGUUGUUUUUUUAAUGAAAUUGAAAUUUCAAAGCACUACAAAUCAGCACGGGGUUAAGUUGGAUCUUAUAAGUAAAUGUUGAAGUUUCAUGUGACGGUUCCUGCUCUGUGUUUCUUCACUGUACUGUGAGGUUCUUUAAUCCAUUUAAUCCGAAGCAGACUACAUGUUGGACUCUUCUGCAUAGUAGGACUGCCUUUAACUCAGUGGUGAACAGGUUUCAUAAUAAUCUGCAGGGAAUAUGCAAAACAAGAGUAUUUUCUAGCAACCAGAAAUGAUCGUCUCUGAAUUUUGGGGGAUUGAAUAACGAACACUCGGAACUGGAUGAACGUGGUAGAUCACAUGAUCUUGCUUUAUUUCUUUAGCUAAGCUGAAAUCCAGUGACCUUUUUCUAUGUCUGUAAUAUUUUUGUAUCGGAUGUUAAAUGACUUGUUAGCUAUUCCUAGCAUUGGUGGUGUAUAAAUCCACCUUAUAUUGACUACGCAGCAUAUUGUUAUUUUGUAUACUGGCAACAGUUCAGGGGCAAAGGAUAGAUGGAUAAAUUGAUGGGCUUUAUCAGUGGGUGGGUGGGGGUAGGGGUGGUGAUGAUGCACUAUCAUUAAUUCUGGGUUAAACUGAACUCAUGACAUCCUUUAGACAGGAUUGAUUGGUUAAGUACUGAAUCUUUCAAGCAAGUGCAUGCUUGAACCCAGCUGACCACUUUCUAAAUGUGUAAGAUGGAAACGAGACAAAAUGUGGAAAAGAGGAAAGGCCCUGUGGUUAAAGUCAGUCAUAACAAAGAGUGGUUCCUGAGUGGCUUCCUGUUAUUUUGUUCUCUACAUAAAGUGAUUAUUCCAGGGCUAGAGCAUGGUGCAGGUUAUUGUUAAUAAGCACAGCGUUUGCAUCUGAUCAUCUAUGCAUGUUAGAGCAAUAUAUUUACACAAAGCAAUAUGUUGGACAGAAAGAAGGAGGUGUUUUACUAGUUUAUUGAGUGGUGUAAAAAAGAAAAGUGAUUCUCUGUAGCAUUAUCUAAAAGCAUGGUUGUGUAGCACACACACACUACCUAGCCACAGUAACACGGGAAGCUUGUGUUUGUUAGACUCCAGGGAUGUUGGAGGAAGGCUUGGACAACACGCAUAUACACACUGAAACAAAAUGACCGCUUACUGUAUUUGUGGGAUGUAUGGAGGCGAUUGUAAGAACUAUAACCUCACAAAGAAAUCUCUGAAACUGAAGUGUAACUUGUUGAGCAACCAAAAAAAAUUUAAUAAAAUUGUGUACCACAGA